UCCGUGCAGUGCAACAAUGGCGUCCUGUAUUGAGGAGUCUGCUACAGCCACAGAAGAGGAGGAGCAGAAUGAAACUCAUCCCUCCGAGAAGAGGGAAUCGAGACUUCGGAAAUUCCGAGAGUUACAUUUCAAACGGAAUGAAGCACGUAAGCUCAACCACCAGGAGGUCGUGGAGGAGGACAAGAGACUGAAGCUCCCGACUAACUGGGAGGCUAAGAAAGCCAGACUGGAGUGGGAGCUCGCUGAAGACGAAAAGAAAAAAGAAUGUGCUGACAAAGGGGAGGACUAUCACAGAGUGAAACUGCUUGAAAUCACCGCUGAAGAUGCAGAGCGGUGGGAGAGGAAGAAAAGGAAGAAGAACCCAGACACAGGAUUUGCAGGUUAUGCUGAGGCCCAAUUCCGACAGUACCAGAGGCUCACCCGGCAAAUCAGACCAGACAUGGAAAGCUAUGAGAAGCAGAGGGAGGAUUGCGGUGAGGACUUCCACCCCACGUCCAACAGCCUGAUCCACGGCACCCAUGUCCCCACAAAGGACGGCAUUGACCGCAUGGUGGAAGAUGUUGAGAAACAGAUAGAGAAGCGGGCCAAGUACAGCCGACGCAGGGCCUACAACGACGACGCAGACAUCGACUACAUCAACGAGAGGAACGCCAAGUUCAACAAGAAGGCGGAGCGCUUCUACGGCAAAUACACAGCCGAGAUCAAACAAAACUUGGAGAGAGGCACAGCUGUCUAGAGGGUCCAUCACCUCAGCGGACAUGUUCUUGUGCAGUUUUGUCUUCAUUCAGGAGACUUGGAUGCUUUUUUUUUUUUUCUUGUCUUUACUUGCUGCAUAACUAGAACAUGCGUAUUAAAAUGCUAAAAAUGGACUCCGUGUUGUAAAGCGGUAGUCUGACUUUAUUAUAUGAUGCUGAGGUUAUCUGUAAGAUGUGUGGUGUCCUUUGUACAAUACUCAAAGUUAAAUCAACUGUUGUGAUUAUUUUUAUCCUUUCUUUUUAAAUAAACCACUUCCAGUUAUCUUGCA